AUGGUCACAGUCGGUGAUUUCAACAAUGAUUAUUGGUUAGACAUUGCGGUCGCCAAUUUCGGUACUAACAGUAUAGGCAUAUUUCUUGGAUUUGGAAAUGGAUCUUUUACAAAACAAAUAGUGACUUCAACUUCUUCAUCACGUCCACUUUGGAUACACACUGCUGAUUUCAAUAAUGAUGCAUUACUCGACAUUGUUACUUCUAGCUAUGGUUCAUACAAUAUAAGUAUACUAUUUGGAUAUGGAAACGGAAGUUUUUCAAGUCCAAUCAUGUAUUCAACAGGCUACGAUUCUCUGCCAUUUUCAGUCGUCUCUGGAGAUUUCAACAAUGAUAAUCAACUAGAUCUUGUCGUUGCCAACUCUGGCACAAACAAUGUUGGCGUACUACUUGCAACUGGUGAUGGUAGCUUUGCAUAUCAAAAGACAUUUUCCACAGAUUAUGGAUCUCAUCCAUACGCAGUUGUUGUUGGUGAUUUCAAUGGUGACAAGCUUCUAGAUAUUGCUGUUGCUAAUUAUGGGACUCAUAAUGUUGGUAUACUUCUGGGUUAUGGAAAUGGAACUUUUGCACGUCAGGCAACAUAUUUGUUGGAUACUGCUGCUCCAUAUUAUCUUGUUACUGGUGAUUUCAACAAGGACAAUCUACUUGAUAUAGUCGUAACUAAUAGAGGUGCCAGCAACAUAGGUGUACUUCUUGGAAGAAGCAAUGGCACUUUUGAAAAUUCAAAAAUGUAUUCAACUGGAUCUUCUUCUUCAAUCUCAGUUGCCGUAGGAGAUUUCAACAACGAUUAUCGACUAGAUAUCACAAUUGUGAGCAAUGAUACUAACAGUAUAAGUGUCCUUCUCGGCUUCGAUGAAGGUUUUCCAAAGCAAACGACGUAUCUUGCUAACUCUUUUCCACAAUCGAUUGUUGUUUGUGAUUUCAAUAAUGACACCCGAUUGGAUCUAGUCGUUGUUAAUCUUUACUCCUCCAAUGUAAGUGUAUUUCUCGGAUAUGUAAAUGGUUCAUUUGCUGAUCAAAUGACAUAUCUUACUGGAUCGGGUGCAAAGUCCAUAGCUGUUGGUGAUUUCAACAGCGAUGCUCUAUUAGAUAUCGUCGCUACUAAUUUUGAUGACUUUAAUGUAAGUAUACUUUUCGGAUUUGGUAAUGGUUCUUUUGCUAAUCAGAUGACAUAUCCCACUCACUGGAGACCAGAAGCUUUAGCUGUUGGUGAUUUUAACAAUGACAGUCAAUUGGAUAUUGCCGUCACAUUCUCUAUUGACAACAUUGUGGGUAUAUUUCUCGGAUAUGAUAAUGGCUCUUUUGCUAAUCCAAUCACAUAUCCCACUAGUUUGCAUCCCUACUUUAUAGCUGCUACUGACGUCAACAACGACAGUCAAUUGGAUAUGAUCGUCACUUACACUGAUCAGGAGACUUUAGGUGUAUUUCUCGGGUAUGGUAAUGGUUCUUUUGCUAAUCAAACGACAUAUCCUACUGGUUCUCGUCCAAUGUCUAUAGCCGUUGGUGAUUUCAAUAAUGACAACCGAAUGGACAUAGUCGUUACUAAUUUUGAUAACCAUAAAGUUGGUAUACUUCUGGGAUAUGGAAAUGGUUCUUUUGCUAAUCAAAUAACAUAUUUUAGUGGCUUUAAUCCACACUCUGUUGUCGUUGGUGAUUUUAAUAAUGAUACUAGACUCGAUAUAGCGGUCACUAAUUUUCAUAGUAGCACUAUAAGUGUGCUUCGCGGAUACGGCAAUGGUUCGUUUGCUAAUCCAGUAGCAUAUUCCACUGGUUUAUAUUCAUCAUCUGUGGGUGUCGGAGAUUUCAACAAAGACGGUCUACCGGAUAUGGCCGUAACAAAUUCGGGUCACGAUAAUGUGAGUGUACUACUUCAUUAUAGCAGUGGAGCUUUAGCAUUGGAAACAACAUUUGCCUCUGGUGGUGCUUCUAGUCUUCGAUGUGUUGCUGCUAGCGAUUUAAAUAAGGAUAAAAAAGUAGACAUCGUCGUUGCUAAUUAUGGCACUAAUAAUGUUGGUAUUAUCCUUGGCCAUGGGAAUGGCACUUUUGAAAGUCAGAUCCUGUUUACAAUUGGCUCAAAUUCUCAUCCGUAUUCAAUCGCCAUUGGUGAUUUUAACAAAGAUUCCCAAGUGGAUAUCGCAGUGACCAAUUUCGACUCAAAAAAUGUUGAUAUACUUCUUGGAAAGGGAAACGCAACAUUUGAACGUCAAGUAAGUGAUCGAUUCGGUUCGAAUUUCACUCCCUUCAUCAUCGUUACUGCUGACUUUAAUAAUGACGGACAAUCGGAGAUUAUCGUUGGAUAUAAUGCGACUAAUAAUGUUGACAUAUUUGUUGCGCUUGACAAUGGACUUUUUAGAGAUCAGGUAACAUAUCCGACUGGCAUUAGCCCCUCCUUUUUAUCUGUCGGUGAUUUCAACAACGACAAACGACUAGAUAUAGCCGUCGCUAAUCUUCAGGACAACACUGUAAGUGUACUUCUCGGAUAUGCGGAUGGAUCUUUUGGAAACCAAAUGACGUCUAUCACUGGGAAUUUUCCAUGGUCAUUAGCUCUUGGUGACUUCAACAAUGACAAUCUAUUGGAUAUUGUUGUCGCCAAUUAUAAUGACGAUACUAUAAAUAUACUGUUGGGUUACGGAAAUGGCUCUUUUGCUAAUCGACUGACAUAUCCCACUGGAUCCAAUCCACUGUAUGUAGUUGUUGGCGAUUUCAACAAUGAUACCCGAGUGGAUAUUGUCGUUGUAAACUCUAAUAGCAACAAUAUAGGCGUACUUCUAGGGUAUGGUAAUGGCUCUUUUUCUAAUCAAACAACAUAUCGAACUGGCUUAGGUCCAACGUCUGCAGCUGUUGGCUACUUCAACAAUGACGAUCUAUUGGAUAUUGUUGUUACUAAUUCUAGGGAAUACACCGUAAGUGUAUUCUUCGGAUAUGGCAAUGGAUCGUUUACUAAUCAAAUGCCGUAUUCAACGAGUGACAAUCCACGGUCUGUAGCCAUUGGUGACUUCAACAACGACAAUCGAUUGGAUAUCGUGGUCGCUAAUAUAAAUAAUAAUACUAUAAAUAUACUUCUCGGAUAUGCCAAUGGCUCGUUUUCUCAGCCGAUAGAAUAUGCAACUGGCUCUGAUCCAUAUUUUUUAGCUGUUGCUGACUUCAACAAAGAUACUCGAUUGGAUAUCGUCUUCACUAGUGAACUGAGCAACCACAUAAAUGUGCUUCUCGGAAAUGGUAAUGGUUCUUUUGCAUCUCCGAUGACAUAUAUCACUGAUGUAGAUCCAAGGUGUGUAGCUGUCGGUGAUUUCAAUCACGACAAUCGAACCGAUAUUGUUAUUACAAAUUCUGGCGAAAAAAAUGUUGGUGUAUUUCUUGGAAAGGAAAAUAUUGUUUUUGUAAAAGAAAUAACAUUGUCAACUGAUAAGCGUUCACAGCCACAGUCAUUCGCUAUCGGUGAUUUUAACAAUGAUGAUCACAUGGAUCUCGCUAUUGUUAAUUCAGGGACUAAUAAUGUGGAUAUUUUCCUUGGAUAUGGCAAUAACCAUUUUGUACAUCAAAUAACAUAUCCAACAGGUGUUUAUCCACUGUCUGUAGCAGCUGGCGAUUUCAACAACGAUACUAACAUAGAUAUUGUCAUUGCUAAUUCAAAUGAUUAUAAUGUAAGUGUACUUUUAGGAUAUGGGAACGGUUCUUUUGCAAACCAGGUAACUUAUUCAACCGGUCCUUAUUCUCAACCAUACAUGGUUGCCACUGCUGAUUUCAACAGCGACAACGCACUAGAUCUCAUCAUCGCAAAUCAUGGCUCUCACAACGUAGCUGUAAUCCUUGGUUAUGGGAACGGUACAUUUGCGAAUCCAAAAAACUUCGCGGUUGGUUAUGGAUCUCUUCCAUUUUCUGUUACCGUCAGCGAUUUAAACAAUGAUAACAAGCUGGAUUUUAUUGUCGCCAACGAGGGCACUGACAAUCUAAAUGUUUUCUUGCAAACUUGUUAA